AUGACGGCGUCAACCAGCAAACUCACUCUGGCUGGCAGCUAUCGCCCCCGUGGAUGGGGAUCGCGCUCCUCAGCUCUGGUAUCCGCGGUAUCCUGCUGCCGCACAAUGCAUGAACUUCUGGAAUACGAGGCGUCACUUUUGCUUGAUAUUCAUGAAGACAGCUCACUGCUUGUUGUGGCUGAAGGAUUAGGAAUGGACACGAUAGUCUAUUCGACACUCAAAUUGCAUUCCGAUCCUCAUAAUCUACUCCUUGUAUCCAAUUAUCGUCCAGCCGAAGCCAGGUUUCUAUCAGAAUUACUGGCAAAGGAUGAUGUGCUCCAUUCACCGGGCAUAAUCACAGCCGAAGUGAAUAACAAGGAGCGCGAAGCGAUAUACAAGCGUGGUGGCGUUGUUUUCGUCACUUCUCGCAUUCUUGUGGUGGACUUAUUGAUAGAACGCAUGCCGGCUACUCUCGUAUCCGGUGUACUCAUCCUCCGAGCACAUGAGCUGCAAGAGGCAUGUCAGGAGAAUUUCGCCAUUCGACUACUACGGGAACGAAAUCCGUCAAUUUUUAUCAAAGCCAUGAGUGAUAAUGCUGUUUCCCUCACAUCUGGAUAUAACCAUGCUGAGAAUAUCAUGAAACAAGCUGGAAUCCCUAAAUUGGUUCUCUGGCCGCGGUUCAACCUACAGGUGGUAUCUUGCUUUGCGGCGACACAGCCACAGGUGGAAGAAGUUCGGGUUCAACUCACCUCAUAUAUGUCAACUUGUCAAUCUUGUAUAUUGGACCUAGUCAAAGCUUGCAUCCGCGAGCUAAUCGACCUUAAUCCUGUCCUGAACACGGAUGAAUUGAGUUUGGAGAACGCCCUGCUGCCGAAUUUUGACGGUCUGAUCGGCAUGUAUUUGGAUCCCGUGUGGCACCAGUUGACGACCACCAGUCGGCGUCUAAUAAGUGACAUUGCCAAUUUACGUCGACUGCUGCGUAUUCUCAUAGAGGGAGACGCUGUCAGCUUUUUGAACAAUUUAGAGGCACACCGACAAGUGGCGCAGACGGCGAAUCUUGGUAUAUCAGGGGCACAGUCGAGUGGAUCUGCAGACCAUGGACGACGAGGUUCGUACGUGUGCCCCUCAUGGUUCCUCAUGGACCAGUCUGACCGAUUACUCACAGCGGCACGGUCAAGGGUGUAUAGGAACUUCGCCGAAAAGACAGUGCAAAUCGAGUUGACGCCCAAGUGGGAAGCGCUAACAGAUAUUUUGAGGGAUAUUCAUAACAGCCGGGAAAACGCGUCGGACAACCCCAAGACUCAGGUGCUUGUGCUGGUUGCUCACGAAAACAGUGCUCGGAACUUAGAACGCUUCCUACGACGUGGAUCAUGUUCAAUGAAACGUUUUCUGAUCAACACUCGUGAUUCAGCGGACGACCCCCCACCCAAAAUCACCGAUCCAAAGGUACCAAAACUAUCCAACGAAAAUCCCACUGAGCCACAAUGUAUGACACUUACGCAGAUGUAUAAGAAAGCUGGGGCGAACACAUUUGAUUCAGCAAAACGUCCAGAUGAAGACGUGAACAGUGAUAGCAGUAGUUCCUCCGAAGAGGACAUUCUUAAACCACUAGAUUCCACCCAGAUGGACAGAGAAAGGCUUGUCCAGGAGCUUCUACCCAUGGGUUGUCGUAAGAUACGGGUGGCAUCGCGUUUGCUGAAAAGUUCUCACACUGGCAAACUGGAGGUUGUUAUUUGGGUUCCACCUACCAUAGCGGCUACCGAGGAGGGUAGCAGUGGAGCUUUUCGGUCUGGAGUCGAUCAACUGCAGCACGACGAAUUCGCGCGAUCUUUCGGCCGCAGAUUGGCCUAUGUUCUUGAUUCAUUACAACCACGUCACGUGAUACUGUACGAACCGCGAGUAUCCUGGAUUCGUGAGAUUGAGGUGCACUCUGCCAGACGUCAUGCUCAAGCCUGUGGAUCCGUAGGAGCUGAGGCUCGGGAAUCUACAGAUGGCGGUGCCAUGGUUACUCCUUUGAAUGUCCACUUUAUGGUAUAUGAGAAUUCGGUUGAGGAACAACGGUACUUGACUCAACUACGCAGGGAGAGAGAAGCAUUUGAAUCCCUUAUUCAACUGAGCAGUCAUAUCGUUAUACCCAAAGACGCACUUGUACCAGCUUCAUUUCAAGAUCAAGGGGGAUCGGAUUCCGGACAACAGCGCCAGCAACCUCGAGUUAUUGUGGAUAUGCGAGAAUUUCGGAGUGAACUUCCCGCUUUGCUUCACCGCAAGGGCCUAAAAGUUGAACCGAUGACGUUGAGCGUGUCCGACUACAUUCUUGCCCCACAUUUGUGUGUUGAGCGAAAGUCGGUCAGCGACCUCAUUGGGUCAUUGAAGUCCGGUCGCCUGUACCAGCAAUGCACGUCUAUGUCCAGACACUAUCCCAAUCCUGUAUUGCUAAUCGAAUUUUCGCUGCCGACAAAAGUAACCGGGAGUGCCUUGGCGCGUGGAGGACUCGGUUAUCGUGGUGACGGUGUACUGGGCUUCUCACUCUACACAGGGCGUCACAGUAUUCAUUCAGGAACUGAACUGAACGCACAUCAUUUGCUAUCCAAACUGACUCUGCUGACCAUCCACUUCCCAAAUUUGAGACUAUUCUGGAGCGUUAGCCCCUAUUGUACCGCCGAACUGUUCACUGAACUCAAACAAGGCAGAGCUGAACCAACCACCGAAAAGCUUCCUCAGGACGGUGAGCAUUUAGAAGAUCAUAAUGUAGAGGCUGUGGAUAUGCUGCUGAGACUUCCUGGAGUGUCCUGGAAAAACUAUCGUCGAAUCAUGAAGCACGCUUCCACUCUUCAGGAGUUGGCACAAUGCAGUUUGGAAGAACUGACCAAAAUACUGGACAGUGGAGAAUGCGCGACGAAAUUAUACACCUUCCUCCAUUCCGACUGUGAGUUGCUACGAAAACAAAAGCGAGAUGCAACUUCGACUGAGUCGGAGCCGAGCACUUCCAGUGUAUCCAGCCGCCGCGGAGGCGGCACUGCUCGUGGACCCCGGUUGGCGCUUGCAGGACAGGUGAAGACGCGACGAGGACGUGGUGCCGGAAAAUCUUGACGAAGACUCCCCUUCAUUUUCAAAAUUUCCCCAUUAUCUUGUACCGCUCGAUAAUUGCAUUUAGUCCAACAACAGCAAGUCUUUCUUUUUUCUUCUUCCCGCUUUACCUGCUAUUUUUCUACAACGCUGGUCCUCAUUUUUGUACUCUCUUGGGCUCUUGAUGUUGAAUAAAGAGACUAA